CUGCGGUUCACCAACGUUGUACUCCCCCGCUGACAGCGCCGCCGCUCCCUCCCCCUCCUCCGUUCCCCUUGCCCUCCCCCGCUGGGAACGUCGCGCCCCGAGCUGGCCCCUCAAACCCCCGCACCAUGGAGGCCUUGGCGAAACCUCGGGCGCUCCGGCCCCUCCCACCUCCCCUCGCCGUCUACCUCAAGUCCAUGUCGUACGUGGACGUCAAGAUGCGGUGGAAGAAGGACGCGUCCUUCGACGCCGUCCCCGUGCUCUCCCACGCCCGCGACCUCCGCCCGCUCGUCUCCCUGGCGCGCCUCCUCUCGCCCUCGCCCACCCCCGUGUCGGCGGUCUCCAAGCGCGGCCGCUCGCUGGAGGUCCCCGACCGCCGGGUCACCUCCUUCCUCCGCCGCUUCCCCGCCGCCUUCGUCGAGUCCGCGGGGCCGCAGCACAACCUCCCCUGGUUCCGCCUCUCCGACGCCGCCGCCGGCCUCCUGCGGGAGGAGCGGGACGUCUUCGCCGCCCGCCGCGCGGAUGUCGCGGGCCGCCUGCGCCGCCUCGUCCUGAUGUGCCCGCGACGCCGCCUCCCGCUCCGCGUCGCGCAGGGCAUGCUCUGGCAUCUUGGCAUCCCAGAGGACUACUUUAGGGACCCGGAUCACGGCAUCGGACAGGAUGGAUUUCGGAUUUUAACUUCAGGAGAUGGAGUUGAUGACGGCGAUGGGAGGGAGACGGAGUUGGGGUUAAUUGACGAUGGGAAACUUCAGGAAAUGCCUCUCUCGGUUCUCCAGAUGAAUGCUGUGAGGAAGUUUGGAUCAGCGGCAGAGGUGCCUAUCCUGCUCUUCCAGUCAAAGGGUCUCCGGUUGAAGCAGAAGAUUAAGGAUUGGUUGGAAGGGUUCCAGCGGCUGCAUUACGUGUCUCCAUAUGAGGAUUUCAGCCACAUCCGUCCGGGUAGUGAUGUUUCAGAGAAGCGGGCAGUCGGGGUGCUCCAUGAGCUGCUUAGUCUGUUUGUGACAUGCUCUGCUGAGAGGCGGCGGUUACUCUGCCUUAGGCAGCACCUGGGUCUGCCGCAGAAGUUCCAUCUUGUGUUUGAGCGGCACCCGCAUGUAUUCUACUUGUUGUUAAAGGAAAAGACAUGCUUUGUUGUCCUCAAAGAGGCGUACAUGGCUAGGGGAGACACUGCAAUUGAGGAACACCCCAUGCUGGAAGUGCGCAAGAAGUAUGUUGAGCUGAUGGAGCAGUCACAGGAAAUUAUAAGGGGCCGACGGAGCGGGAAGCCUAUUGAACUGGAGUCCAAUGUAUCUGGUUCUGGGGAUAUUGAGGAUGGCAUUGAAACUUUAUCAUAACAAGCCAUGUUUUUAGCUGAGAUGGAGGAUGGGAAUCAUGUGCAAAUAUGGCUUCUACAGGAAGAAUGAGGAACCCUACUCUAGCUCUGCCACGAACAGGAUCAUCACUGCCAAGGACCAUGCCUUUGUGCAGAUCAACAUCGGGCACUUGUAUGAGAAUGAUCUGUACGAUGGCCGCUUCACCACGUUUGCCCCCUCUGGGUUUGUCCGUGCUCAGGGUGAUGCUGACAGCUCGUUGGACAGGCUGUGGCAAGAAGAGGAAGGCCGAGAUCAAGCAGUGGAUCUUGCUCGCUUCUAGUUUCACCUGCCUUGGCGAUGUUUUGAUUUCUGUGUCGUGGGCCGUUUGGAUAUCAUGCCGUGAGUUCAGUUGGCACCGAAGAAGCAUGGAUCAAGCUUGUUAAGAUGAUCCAAGGAUUUUAUAAAAAAAUGCCAGUUCUCUGCUAUUGCACGUGUGCUUUGCGGCUGUUGCUUUACUAUUUGCUUUAGAAAAAAAAAUCAUCAAUUGCUUGGUGGAUGAAUUGUGCUUUUGCCAUGAGGUUUGCCAACAAGUUACAGGGCAACCAUCCCGUUGCCCCCCACAGCACGUGCUCGCUGCCGAGGAUUUGAAACUGAGGUACUCGGUUCUCGCAAGAAAAAUGUGAAUAUGCUUGGUUAUCUGA